CUCAAUCGAACCACCGGUAAAUGCCUAGAUAGCCGAUAURUUGUGUAUCGUAAGCAGCUAGCAAUGGACGACGUCAAGCGAGGUGAAUAGCUGUUGAUAUCAACCCGCUCUCGUUGUCAUGGAACCAAUUAUAGAGGAAGAUAGUAACAAUAAUCUCCAAGCCCUGUCCUUUCAACUGGAAGCGCUAAAAGAGGGCAUUUAUAAACGCGAUACUCAGAUCCAAGAACUCGAAGGAAGAUUCGACCAUGAGGCGGAAAAAACCGAGAAACUUUCCGAGCUUUUGAAACUGGAAGAGCAAAAGAACAAGGAUGGAAAACAACUUAUUGAGAACUUGACGAAAAAGCUCGAAGAAAGCGACGAAUUGAUCCGAGAUUUGAGGGAAAGACUUGGAAGUUCAAAAAAUUCAGAUGCAGAAGAAAGUCGUUCCAAUGAAAACUUAAACGAGCUGAAAGCUAGAAUCGARSCUGGGGAAARUCUCAUCAAAAAUGUUCAAAGUGAAAUGAGCUUAUGGAAAUCACGAUGUGAAGAUCUYGAGUCCACAUUAGCAGCCAAAAGAGAUGAAAUUGAAAAGGAAAAAUGUGAACACGAACAAGUCAGAUUCAAACUCUCCCAAAGUGAGGAGUUAUUGAGGAGUUUCCGCGAUGCAAAUCCACUMCUGCAGAACGUCAGCGACGACGACGGCGACGAGUCAAARUACCAAAAUAUCAUAACAGGACUAAAGGCAAGYAUUGAUAUCCAAAGUGAAAGGAAUAUCGAGCUUCACCAACAGCUCCAGCAUCUUAAGAAAGACUCCAACGAUGCAGAUAAACUGGUAAAGUCACUUCAAGAGGAGAUGGAGAAGGACAAGAAGUUGAUCGAAGAGCUGAACACCCAAAAUAGUCGUGAGUACCAAAGGAACGAGAAACUACGAAUGGACAUUCAACGGCUAAAGAGGGACAUAGAUAGYUGGAGGAAGAUUCAGACUGACAUGAAAGCUCAAUAUCAAGAGCUUCGRCUCAUGUACGACGGCGUUUGUAAACAUGCAGACGACCAAAAGCGAGAAAUGUUGGAGAUGAAGUUAGUGACGGACAGAGACAAGAGAACAAUUUCAAGGCAAAAGGAUGAGGUAGAUAAGCUUAAAGUACGUUCAUUGUCCUUGAAACAAACUUACGACGAUCUUAAAGAAAAGCACGAUGAAAACUUAAAGCUUUUAGAAGAUAAGAAAGUCGAAAACCGUAUCCUCUCAAGUCAAUUCCARAAUGCUAAAAAAACCRCAGCAGAGUUGACGUCCUCWAACAAAGAYUURAAGAAAAGAAGUGAGUUUAGUCAGAAGGARYUGAUYGAGAAACACAAAACCCUUUUACAGACAGAGGAAAAGCUGAAAGACCUAGAGAGCUUGCUGGAAGAAAAAGAUGUUGCCAUUGUAGAAGCUAAGGCAACAGUGAAAGAGGCCAACGAAAAAGCCGACAAGCGAAGUCAAGAAGCGAUAAACAAAGAGAGGGAUCUUAUAGACAGAAUUACCCUUGUGCAAGAUCUCCAGAAUCAAAUCCAAGCAUUAGAUGAGGAUGUUAAAGCAAAAGUCGAAAAUGAAGAAAAAAUGAAGCAGGUUAUCGCAGAAAAAGAAAACGAAAUUGAAGAAAGACGCAAAGAGACUAAAGAAAAGGAGGCGAUCGUCUGUGAAUUGGAACAAAGGAUUCAAGAGAUGGAAAAAAAUUCAAAAGAUCUUGAGAGCGUUUUGGAAAAAGUAAAAGAUGAACUUGAAAAGACGGAAUUUGAAGGAUCAGAAAAAGAGAAAAGAAUUGAGGCAUACGUACAGCAACUGGCAAGCAAGGAACAAGACAUAUCAGCCACCAGUGAGAAAAUUAAAGUAAUGGAAGAAGAGACGAAAACCGUGAAGAAUGAGCUCAGCCAAAAAGAAGAUCACUUCACGGAAGAGAAAAAUAAUUUGACUAAAAAGCUUGAAGAGGUUACUGCGGAAAGAAACACAAAAGAUCAACGUAUAAAUGAACUUUUGAACGAGUUGGACGAAGAACAGAAACGAGUUCACCUGCAGAAUCAACUCUUGAAAGACGUGGAAGUGAAGUUUGAGAGUGAAGAUCGAACCCUCAUUGAAUACGAAGAGAAGUUCAAAACAUACGAGAAAGAGAUUAGUGAGCUCAAACUAGCUCUUGGAGAAAAAGACCGAGUCAUGGAAGAACUGAAAAGAGAGCUUGAAGAAUCAGAAAUCAUCCAAGUUUACUUGAACGAAAUUGAUGCACUCAACAAAGUUAUUUCAGAAGAAAGAAACCUAAAUGAACAGCUUCAACAAAAGCUACAAAAGCAUGGUAGCGAAGAAGCCUCUCGAAUAGAAGAGGAGAAGAAGGAAGUCAUGUUUCAGAUGACAAAAGAGCUUAAGCGCGAGAAACAAACAAAACAAACGAUCAUAGAAGACCUUAAAGAGGACGUAAGGGUAUUGGAACACAACGUGGAAAACGAAAAGGAAAGGACGAGAAUGUUGAGUAAAGAAGUGGAGCAAAAAGAAAGGAAAAUGCAGAAUGAGCGGGAGAGUUUUCUGGAACACAUUGAAGAGCUUCAAGAACUCUACUCCAAAGAAAAGCAGGAGAGGCUCAAAACUCAAGAUAGAGUAACAGAGCUCGAAUCGCAAUUGAGAGAAUCUGAACGACAUCAAUACAAGAAAAUCGACGAGUUUAAAGGCAGGAGCAGGAGCCAAGUUCAUCUCGAGACCAAAAGUAAUCUUAUUCUUGAUCGCCAAGAGAAGAUCGAAGAACUCAAGCAAGAGAUAUCAACCAAAAAGGACCAGCUUCAUGAAGCGGAACAGCGGCUCCGUGAAGCCCAAAGGUUUCGCGAAAAUGAAAAACUUGAAUUCCAGAUUCUUUGUACCGAGAAAGAUGAACUGAUUUCCAGUUUGAAAAAAGAGAAUUUUGACUUGAAAAAAGGAUGGGAGAAAGAACGGGAAUGGAUGGAAGAGAAUAUAAUGGAAGAAAGUGCUCAAACAUUCCAGAACGCACUACAAAAAGACACAAGUGAAGUGGAUGGAAGUGGACUUUUGGCUUCCCAGGACAAAGCAAUUCAAGCACUAAAACAGAAGAUUGAAGCAGAUUUUAAUUUGGAUCAAAUAUUACCACUUGCAGACCAGUCAGAUGAAAAACGAUUAGACCUUCUUUACGAAAAAAGUCUGAAAAYCCACCCAAAAGUGUCUAAGAAAGAAGSCAUUAAAACAAUCAUCCAAAAGUUUGUAAUAGUGCUGCUUUUGAGUCCGCUUGCUUAUUUCUUUUCCAGUGAAAUUUCACUGAGUCUUGCCGCUGUCCUAAUGCCUUUGGCAUUUAUUAUUUACCACAGACCUUGGAAAAACGGAUUUGAUCAAGAGAAACUCCUCAACGAUGCAGUAAAUGGAUUGAGUGUGCGACUUGCUGCWGAAUGCGCUGACAAUAAUAACCUCCGUCACACUAUAGAAGAUAUGAAAAAGAGAGAUUAUCAUUACCAAAUGGGUCAAUACAAUACCAGAGGUGGUGUAAGAUUACACGAGCAAUUUGCCCAUGAGAGGAAACUGCUGAUCGAAGAACUUGAAAAACAGGCAAAGGAGGAACACGAAAAACAAAAGGAGGAACUAUCGAAGAUAAAACAGAAGCAAGAAGGCGACAGACGAAGGCUACAGCGUCAGCAAGCACUGAUCGAUAAAUUAGAGAUCAUUUUACAAGAAAAAGAAAUUAAAUCCAGGCUUGGGCAGUUCUGGGGUUAUGAGGAAUUAAAGAUGGCGAUCAAUCGACUAAAACACGAGCGAGAGAUAGAGAAGAAUAGACGUGAAUGCACCGACGAAGAAAUUAUUAAGAAGAAAGUAGCUGGUGCAGUUGAGGAAGCUGUUAGUAAAGAAAAUAGUUUCAAAAUCGAAACAUUCGUCACAGUGAUAAUUCUCUCAGGUGUUCUAAUGCUCUCAUUCUCWGCAAACCUUUCUCCUUCCCUAACUGUCGCUGGUAUCGUUGCCCUGGCAUCGUGCUCACUUGUUUACGGGGUAAAUUCCUGGAGAAAAAUCGAGUACUUUAAGAACCAGCUUCAUCUGGAGCAGAGCGUUGUAGAAUCACAGAAAGCGGAAAUUGAUGAACUUUCUCUACUAAUGGACAGGGAACACGAUGUUGUGACCAAACAAAAACAGGCCAUUGAGGCACUAGAGCAAAGACUGAAUGACGAAUAUAAGAAAAACAAGGACCACCAAUUAACAAUUGCAAAACUGACAUGGGUAUUCCAGGAAAGCGAAGAAAUGCGAAGCAUAUCGCAAAGUUUCAAAGAGUUUUCCUUUGCAAAAGAUUUUGAGCUCCAAAAACUAGCGGAAGACCACGCACGUGAUAAAUUCUCUGUUUUCAAAAGCAUGCAAAAACAACUUGAAGAACAUAGCUCACAUACAGAGGAGCAGCGCAAGACGAUUGGGGAUCUUAAGCAUGCCACUAAUGUGAUCGUAGAAGCAGCUGAAAAGCAAAUCUUGCACAUCAAGUCACAAAAUAAAUCAAGGCUUGAAAAAUCUAAAACCUCGUUCCUCAAGAAAAUUUCUAAAUGGGAAAUACUGCUGUUUGCUUUGGCCUCCUCGGCUACUGCUUUGCUAACACAGAAAAAGUUGGCUGUUGGAAUAUCUAUAUCAAUAGCUGUUGUUCUUGGAGUUUUUCAAUUGUUAAAACGCGCCCGACUCCAUCGGCAGUCAUCAAAUACUCUUACGAAAAGGAAGAUGUCAGAGACAGUCAAGAAACCUUCUCUGCAGCUUUCCUUCUCUGUUUUUAAGCAGUGUGGACUUGAUGUCAUCUUCAUGGCAGGACUAAUAUUUCUGUUUUAUAACGUAACUUCGYUUUCUUACGAUACUGCAAUGUAUUUUGGAAUCCUUGUGCUAUUACGUUUGAUAACGUAUGUGCUCCAUAARCGGUCCGUGAGCAAUGGAAUGACAUCAUGGAAUGAUGUAGUGGAAGAUCUCUGGAGUCAAAUCCAUGAGCGAACAGAGCUUAUCGAUGUCCAAACGCAGGAGAUCCAAACUUUGAAGAAGUUGCUGGAGGUCGAACGAAGCUACAGUCGUCACGCAGAAAGGCUUUUAAAGGAUGCCAAGGGAGCCAGCGAUGAAGGUUUCGAAGAACUGGCGGAGGCCGAAAGGCUUAAAAAAAGGGCUUCUUUACURGAAACCGAAGAAGAACGUCUAAUGAAUUAUGAACUAGACGAGAUGAAAAUCUUUCUAGAGGAGGAACAAAGAGCAAAUGUCCAACUGAGAAAAACACUUGCUGAGGUAGAAGAAGCCAAGCGCAAGUUAACAAAUGAGCUUACAAAUAUUAAGCGGAAACUUGAAAUGGAACAGAUCAAAAGGAAAGAAAUAACUGAUGCGAAGGAGGAGGAAGCGUUUCUUAGAGAUCGCAUAGAAGAACUCUUGRAAGACCUCGAAGCCGAACAGGGAACAAAGCAAGACCUUAACGCUCAGCUUAUCGAAGAACGAAGUUCACGUGAGCUUAAGGAAAUAGARCUUCAUGACCUUAAAGAGAAAUUCCGUGAUGAAAGACAUACAAAUCAAACUCUACGUGAGCAGUUGUCUAGCAAGGAAGACGAUCCUGACAGCGUUCGACGACAGUUAUCAACAACACAUCACGAGCUUGAAGAGGAAAGACUURCAACACAGAGGAACAACAUCAUUAUCAUCGAAGCUCUUCAUAAGCUUCGUGAACAAAAUAUGGUUUUAAGAAGACAGAUUGAAGACGCUAGAACCACUGACUCUGACUGCAUGAUGCAAAUCAAGGAGCAAAGUGAGGAGCAACAAGAGGAGAUAGAAAGAAUCCAAACAAUUUUGGAUGAUAUAGCUAAUACUAAGAAGGCGUUGAAAUAUCAAGACUUGAUGGACGAGCUACAGGAUCUCCGUCAAAAAAUUGCCGUCAGUGACAUAGCUCCGAACAGUCUUCUCGAAAAACUCGAACUCGAAAGAGAAAAGAACAAAAUCCUGGAAGAAGCAGUGGAAGAGCUGCAGCGGCAGCAAGUAGACCAAAGGAAGAUGUUUGAAGAUGAGAGACGACGGUCUAUAGAGCUAGCGAGACAAUUGUCUGGUGAAGAUAUUCCAAUGAUGGUCGAGCAAGACUCCAAGGAAGAGCUCGAAGACAAGCGUGGUGUGCUCUACUGGCUUGGAACUAACGGAGGGCUAACUGACUGGAAGAAUCCUGGAGAAAGCGGCCUUAUCCUAAUAAGCCGAUCAUCUUACGGGCAUGGCCGAGCAACCGACGUUGCCAAUCGUCGUCCCUCGUGGUGCAGCACGAGCAAUAAACCGAACCAAUGGUGGAAGAUUGACUUCGGUGAAAAACGCGUUGUCAUUCCGAAUGCGUACAGUCUACGUCACGGAUGGAGUGGAAACGCAGGCGCUUUACGUAACUGGGUGUUAGAAGGAUCUCUGGACGGUAGAAAAUGGAGUGUAUUACGUCAGCACUCUAAUGACGAAACUAUUAAUACAGCUUAUGGCUUUGGGUACUGGAAAAUUAACAACGAAGACGAGAAAAGUUUCCGUUUUAUACGCGUGAGGCAGACUGGGUUGAAUUCUAACGGAAGACAUGCGUUACGUCUUUGUGGUAUUGAAGUGUACGGUAGACUUGUGCUAGACUGAUGAUGUUGCAAGUGUAAUGGUAGCAACAAAUGACAGUACACUUCAAAAUUAAAUCUUUUAUAAUUUAUAAUAGUACUAGUUAUGUUCAUUUGUGAUGAAUUAGUCUUAUUUUUAAUUAAUUUGUUCUUUCUUAGAAUGUACAUUAGCAAUUAUCAUGCAGCAUUAUUAUUUCUUCAAAGUACAUAGACAUAUUUAUUUGUCUAAGAACUGCUCGUCAAUUUUUCCUUGACUAACAUUGGAAUAUUGCUGGUUUUCAACCAUUCCCAUGAGAUAAAAGACCGGCGGCCAUGUUGGAUGAAUGAAAUAGAUACUAAUGAGAAAUCCUUUGUCGACGUUCCUCCAAGAUGGAUGUUGUGACGUAACGUGAAAACCAUUUUAGAAUUCAAAGCGAAAAAAAAGGKUGUAUAGGAAUAGUUAGUCUCAACUCGGAGAAAGUCCAAUUUUCAAGGCUGUUGUAAUAGGCAUCAAUCAAUAUUUCUUCAUAUUAUACUGGACCUUAUACAAUUAUUGUUAUAGUCGAUCUCUUGCAGUUCGUGGGAAUGCAACUACGGCUGAAGGACAAAACAAUGGAUUCCAAGAAUUCCCAAAGGAAAUCUCUUUUGUUUUGUCCAAGCUGCUUUGACGUCACAUGUUCCAAGGGGUCUAUAAUUACCAUACAUAAUCCUUGGAAAAUGAUUCUUAUUCAUAUUUUUGUAUAUAUUCAUUGAUUUUUGAGAUGGUCUUGCAGUUCUUAAGACAUAUAUUGUAUAUUUACAGCAUAUUCAAGUAACGUUAAAUGAUUUUACUAUUCAAAUUAAAUAAUGCACACAUUUAAACCAUGUUAACGUUGUACAGCUCAAAACACAUUUAAACAAGUUAAGUUAAUGUUUUUGAAAAUAUAUGAGAAAGUAUUUCAAACUACGUUACACGUAAGCAGCUUAUUGAGUUUGAUAUCCAUAUUAAAUUUUUCAGCUUGAUAUUGAC